AUGUCUUCCUUGGCGCGCGUUAACGGGGUCAUUAUUUUCGCUUCACCCAGGCGCUUAUUUUGCCUUACAAGCUCCCCGCUUGCUGGUACGGCGCGAGAAACCCAGUGGACACUCAAAGAAUGGCAUCAUGGCAUCGAUUUGGAAGAUAGAAUGAUCUUAGAACUUGCUGGGGGAAGAGUGCCAGAUAGAAUGUCUGUCCUCGCUGUUCUUCUAGAUGACAAAAGGGUCCUACUGAUAUGGAUCCCUUCUGGCUGCCCAGACGAACCUGCGCCUGUUUCCUAUUCAGUCACGUCAACUUAUAGAAAGGCGUCUGCCGCUGUGAUCAGCGACGGAGUUCUUGUUAUAUCUGAUAGGUUCGGAAGCGUCUACUCGCAUAGCCUUACAAGUCUAGAGCUAGAUAGAUCCAAACACAAUGAUCUGUCCACCCCCAUCAACAAGGCCGUUACUUUUGCUCUGGCUGAGCCCGUCGCAGGGAGAUGCACAACAAUAACGUCACUGAUCGCAGGACCGGACAGAUCUGUUUACUUUAGCGAUCGAGAUGGAGUGAUCGUGGGAUCUAAGAUAGACUCCCUUCACGAUAUCCGUUGCAUAUGGAGCACUAAGAACACGUAUCUGGAGCAGAUACUACCGUGGCAUUCGGGUGGUGUCCUUGCACUUGGGGACCUUGGCAUAUUCCAUUGUCGGUAUUCGCAGGAGAAGCUAUCUAGCGAGCCUGUUAUAUUGAAUGACCAGCUGAGCAGUCCGACCGGUUCCACUGUUCACAUGUGCAUGUGCAUGUCUCAGCAGGGCACCGCAGUCUUUGCUGCAGUCUUAACGGUAACCACAGCCAAAUUUUCGCGAAAGCUCGACAUAGUGAGCCUUACAAUCAGUGAGAUCACAAUCAGUGACGAGAAGAUAUCUGUCACUGAAAUAUUCACUUACGACAUUGGAGCUUGCCUGGACUGGGAAAGUGACACACUCACUCUUAGGCAGCUUUCACGUAGUAAGAUAAUGCGCGCAUACGAUGUGAUUCCACUCCGGGGUUCUCUAGGGCCUGUGUCGGGCGAUUCCAUGCCACUGUUUUUGGACAACUUGGGCACUCUUUUCUGCACCGGCACUGAGCUGGUGUCGGUCUACCCCAAAACUCUGAGCAAUGAAGUCUUAGCCGAAUGGGCGUGCAGUGAUCGAGUGGUCAUGGAGCACGGGCACCGCCAAGCGAAGCUAUAG